AUGGCGACUCUUACUUUCUCAACUUCAUCUCUUCACACCAAAACCCUAACAAGAAAAUCCGUAGAACAUUUCCCCUGUAAAACCCUAAUACACCUUCCGAAGUCCCCCAAUUUUGAAUCUCUGAGCUCUGUCAUCAAAAGGAAAACGUUAAUCGGUCCUCCGAUCAGAUCCACUACGACCACCAUCUCCGAGAGUUUAUCUACCACAACCGCCCCACAGACCCUCAAAUCUCGGCUCAAAAAUGGCGAGACUUUGUACGGUCUCUUCCUGCUCUCCUUCUCGCCUACACUUGCUGAGAUCGCCGGUCUCUCCGGCUACGACUUCGUUGUCGUCGACAUGGAACACGGUCCAGGCGGCAUCUCUCAAGCUCUCUCGUGUCUCCAUGCCCUCGCCGCAGCUCGUACUCCGGCGAUCCUUCGUUUACCUGACUCAGACGCAGCAUGGGCUAAGAAAGCUCUCGAUCUUGGACCUCAGGGUAUCAUGUUCCCCAUGAUUGAGAGCCAGAAAAUGGCUAAAAGAGCCGUCUCCUAUUGUAAGUUCCCACCAAACGGAGUCCGUGGCUCUGCUCAUACAAUCGUUCGGGCCUCCGAUUACGGAAUCGACAAUGGGUAUCUAAGCAAUUACGAAGAAGAGCUUCUGAUCAUGUGUCAGGUGGAAUCGGAAGAGGGAGUGAAGAAGAUUGAUGAGAUUGCAAGUGUUGAUGGAGUUGACUGCGUGCAGAUGGGACCGUUGGAUCUGAGUGCGAGUAUGGGGUAUCUAUGGGACCCUGGGAAUAAGAAAGUAAAGGAGAUGAUGAAGACGGCGGAGAAGGGAGUGCUGAAGAAGACGGGGAAAAGUGGUGGUGGUGGUGGUGGUGGAGCUUAUCUUUCUGGUUUUGCAAUGCCGCACGACACGCCGGAGGAUCUGAGGUCACGCGGAUAUCACAUGAUUUCAGGGGCAGUUGAUAUAGGGUUGUUCAGGAGUGCGUGUGUGGAAGAUGUGAAGAAGUUCAAGAUGAAAUCGGCUGAUUCUGAUUCUGAUGUCGACGGUAUCGAAAUUGCUAAAGAUGGUGAUGAGAAGUACUGGAGUGAAUGA